AUGUCUGGUUCUACCGCCCCUUACCAACCCUAUGCCGACAGAUAUCUCGGCGGCCCGGCUUCUGGCCCGACUGCUGAAGAUAUCCUCAAUGAUCUCGGCCUCAUUGGCAAGCUCCAACACAAGGUCAUUCUGAUCACAGGUGCCUCUGCUGGGAUUGGUCAGGAGACCGCUCGUGUCCUCCACUCCACUGGAGCAAAGCUCUAUCUCACGUUCCGCGACAAGGCCAGAGGACAAGCCGUCGUCGAAGACCUGGUAUCGAAGAAUCCCAAUGGACAAAAGCCUGUGCUCAUCGAAAUGGAACUUGCAAACCUUAAAAGCGUCAGGAACGCAGCCAAGGAGUUUCUCGACCAAGAAAAGCAACUGAAUAUCUUGAUCACCAACGCUGGUAUCAUGGCCGUCCCAGAAGGCCGUACCGUCGACGGCUUUGAGACGCAACUUGGCACCAACCACUUUGGACACUUUUUGUUCUUCCAGCUGCUCAAAUCCACAUUGAUUGCUAGUGGAACCGUCGAAUCACCCAGCCGUGUUGUUACUGUUUCCAGUGCUGGACACAAAGCAUGUGGCAUUUUCUUCGACGACCUCGACUUGACCAAGCAAGGUUACCACCCCAUGAUGGCCUACGGUCAAAGCAAAACCGCCAACAUCUACAUGGCCAACUCAAUCGAUCGCCACUACGCUGCAUCUGGUCUUCGUGCUGUAUCCGUACACCCAGGCUUGAUUUUUGAUACCCAGCUUGGACGUCACAUGUCUCNNCCCGAACAGCUUGCGGGAUUCGCUCCUCUGGCACCGUUUGCGAGAUCUGUGGAGCAGGGUGCGGCUACUACUGUAUGGGGAGCACUUUCUCCCUACUUCGACAAGCAAGGUGGUGUUUAUCUUGUGGAUGCCGGUGUGUCGAGUGUUGCUGCUGAAGAUGAGCCUCUUGGUGGUAGUGGGCAUGCUCCUCAUGCUUUCGAUGAAGAGGCCGAAGAGAAGCUCUGGAAGAUCAGCUAUGCUGCUGUCAAUUUGAAGGAAGAUGAUGAAUAG